CCCGGGGGGGAGAAGGGAAGGCGGGAGGAGAGGGCGCUCCGCUCGGCGGGGGUCUCCGGCUCGCAAGCGAAGGAAAGCUUUGCUGCAGCUGAAGGCUUGUGCGGAGCAGCGCCGCUCUCGGCCGCGCAACGGCGCAUCUCCAGCUCUGGCUCCGCCUGCGCCGCGGCGCUGCUUCCCGGACGCUGACCCUCCGCCUACUUGAAGCUCUCCCCACCGAAGGCAGGGGCCCCGAGGCGAGGAUCGGCCGCACCCGGUGGAGGGACAAGGAUGCCUGCGCUCGGCUCCCUCCAACUCGGCGGCUGAAGCAGCUUCCUUGGCUCAGGGUUGUUUGUUCUCUGUCAUCCAUCUGUCUUAGAAGCACCUCGCACAGAGCUUUCAGCAAAAUGGAAAGUGUGAGUGAACUCCAGAAUCCCCUGUUGGCCAAGAACAAUGGACACCUUCAUGGCAGUUACAGUUACCACCAGGAUUAUCCUGGCCACCGUUGCCAGGGUAAACUGUACUCCUAUAUCUUCCAAAAUUCUGGCAAUGCAAGGACUCACCAACUGCUGGAUGCUAGUUCUCUUCAGCUGGCUGUUGAAGCAUUGUACGGCCCAAAUUUCAUCCUGGUGAAGGAUGAGACCAGUGUCAAAGUCAAGGACAACAAAGGUGAGAGUUGUGAGACAGCCUUCGUGGGAAACAAAGAGCAUCCUGCUGAGACCUCUGAUGUGCAAGAAACACAAGGGAGGUCCCUGAUGGAAAAUGACAUCAAAAUCCAGACAGUGUCCUAUGAAGUGGAAGAAGAGGAAUUGCAGGAAUAUGAGAGUGACUCCUCGAGUGACAGCGAGAGUGAAGAUCAUUUUCUGAUGCUUCCCCCACGAGACCACCUGGGCUUGGCUAUUUUUUCAAUGCUCUGUUGUUUCUGGCCUCUGGGAAUUGCUGCUUUCUACUUUUCUCAAGGGACGAGUAAGGCUAUCUCCAAGGGGGACUUUCACCUGGCAAGUUCUGCUUCCCGGCGAGCACUAUUCCUUGCUGCGCUCUCUAUCACCAUUGGCACGGGAGUGUAUGUUGGAGUGAUUGUAGCACUGAUUGCUUACCUAUCUAAAGGUGGCCACGUAUAGUAAAGAAUUUCUGCAUCAGAUGGAUAAUUCUCUCGGAUUACACACUUUCCUAUG